AAAAAACAUGAAUUGAGUCCCGCGAUGAAAAACCAACCGAACAACGCCUCACUCUCUCUCCCUCCUCUCUCUCUCUCUCUCUCUCUCUCUCUCAUUCGCCGAGACCAACAAGUUCACGGCGGUUCUAUUGGCCGAGCGACGGGAUCUCUGCGGAUCCGAUAUCAAAAAUAGGAAGUUGCUCUGCCGAUUAAAUGUUGCAUGUUGUUGUUGAUGUUUCACCUUUUGGAGUUGUCUUUAGGCAAAUAUGUUUGAUGGACAAUGAGCGGUCCAAUGGCUAAAUCUUCAGAUCUUUCAGCAAGAGAAUGUGUCCAAGGUCUUUACACUAAAAAUGUUGAGUUGGAGAAUAGGCGUCGUAAAGCAGCACAUGCCCGAAUUCCCUCAGACCCCAAUGCAUGGCAACAGAUGCGAGAGAAUUAUGAAGCUAUUGUUCUUGAAGACAAUGCUUUCUCUGAACAGCAUGAAAUAGAGUAUGCUUUGUGGCAGUUGCAUUACAGGAGAAUCGAUGAGUUACGUGGACACCUCAACUCUGCUCUUGCGUCAGCCGGAUCAACCACCUCUCAGAAUGGGAAAGGUCCCACACGACCUGGACCUGAUCGCAUCACAAAAAUACGUUCCCAGUUCAAGACAUUCCUGUCGGAAGCAUCUGGGUUUUAUCAUGACGUGAUGUUGAAAAUUAGAGCUAAAUGUGGUCUACCGAUUGGUUUUGAUCAAGAAAAUCAGAUUCUGUCCCAAGAUGGGAAUAUAUCCGCUGAAAUGAAGAGAGGCUUGAUAUCCUGCCACCGUUGUUUGAUUUAUCUUGGGGAUCUUGCUCGUUACAAAGGGUUAUAUGGGGAGGCAGAGUCCAAGACUCGAGAUUUUGCAGCAGCAUCAAGUUACUAUAUGCAAGCUUCUUCGCUUUGGCCUUCAAGUGGUAACCCUCAUCAUCAGCUUGCUAUUCUGGCUUUAUACUCGGGGGAUGAAUUGGUGGCCAUUUACAGAUAUUUUCGAAGUCUAGCAGUUGAUAACCCUUUCUCCACAGCGAGGGAUAAUUUGAUUAUUGCAUUUGAGAAGAACCGACAGAGCUAUUCCCAGCUGCCUGGGAAUGCCAAAGCAUCUGUUAAGAUGGUCCCUGCAAGGAUGACUGCAAAAGGGAGAGGAAAAGGAGACAAAAGUGUUAAAAAAGAUUCUAGCGCAGAGUCUAAUCUUGUCAAGGAAAGAGCAUCAAGUAUACCAGAGACUUUUAAAGCUUUCUGCAUUCGUUUUGUUCGUCUAAAUGGCAUUCUUUUCACAAGGACAAGCUUGGAGACAUUUGAGGAGGUUUACUCUAUCGUAAGAGGUGAUUUUCUCGUGCUACUUGCUUCUGGUCCACAUGAGGAGUUUACUUUUGGUUCAGAUGCUGCCGAGUGUAGGCUAGUGAUUGUUAGACUGAUUGCAAUUCUCCUAUUCAGCGUUCAUAAUGUGAACAGGGAAACAGAGAACCAGUCCUAUUCUGAAAUUUUGCAACGUUCACUACUGCUUCAGAAUGUAUUUACAGCUAUUUUUGAGUUCAUGGGUCUCAUCUUAGAGAGAUGCAUCCAGCUGAAUGAUCCUUCAACGAGCUAUUUGUUGCCUGGAAUCAUGGUUUUUGUGGAAUGGUUAGCUUGUCGGCAAGAUAUUGCAGUUGGCUCUGAAGUGGAGGAGAAACAAGCUAGUGCUAGGUCGUUUUUCUGGAAUCACUUUGUUUCAUUUUCAAACAAGCUCUUGUCAAGUGGAUUCUCCUUUAUUAAGGAGGACGGAGCUGAAACAUGCUUUUUCAAUAUGAGUAGAUAUGAUGAAGGUGAAACAGCCAACCGGCUUGCAUUGUUUGAAGACAUUGAAUUGAGAGGAUUCCUGCCUCUUCUUCCUGCACAACUAAUCCUGGAAUUUUCGAUGAAAUAUCCAUUUGGAAGCGACGGAGGCAGCAAGGGGAAGAGCGCACGUGUUCAGAGAAUUAUAGCAGCUGGAAAAGCUCUUGCUAAUUUGAUUCAUGUUGGGCAACAGACACUUUAUUUUGAUUACAAAUCAAAGAAAUUUGCUUUUGGUGCUGAGCCACAAAUGUCGGAUGAUUAUUCACUUUCUGGUUCUUGGGAUAUCCCCAGUGAAAAUGGUCGAGGGCAGGAAAUUUCAGCAGAGAGUCAACUGAAUCUUGGACCACGGUUGGGUAUUGAAAGGGACGAAGAAGACGAGGUGAUUGUUUUCAAACCGGUUUUGUCUGAUAAGGAUCCUGAUGGGGUUGCUUCAAAAUCACCCUCUUCUCAGGUUUUGGGAUCUAGUGUUGAUAUGGAAAGUCAUGCUGGCACUGCUGUUUCUGUCCCAAAUGAUGGUUUCCUCUUACAGGAUGCUUCCAAUACAUGUUCAAGGCCACCAAUAUCUCUUGCUAACAUUACUCCCCCGUAUUUUCAGCCAAGUGCUUCAACGUGGCUUGGGGAACAGUUUUCUGCAAAUGAACAACUCACCCAAUUGAGCUUGUCAGAAAAUGGAUUUCCUAUGACACGUGAGUUGCAACAUCAUUUGAUUCCUCAGCAGUCUAGCAAUCCCAAUGCCACAAAUAAAUAUGCAGAAACUGUAGUACCUUGUAAAUUUGAUUCCAUUAUGCCAUUAGGAAAAGUUGUGGAUAGUUUGUCAAUGAAGCCAUCACCAAUGAUGCCAGUCGGUAUGAGAAAGAAUCCUGUGAGCAGACCUGUUAGGCAUGCAGGUCCCCCACCUGGAUUCAACUCUUUCCCUAGCAAACUUCUGGAAGAGUCCUCCUUGUCUGGUGCAACAUUCAAGAAUGAAAAUCCACCCGUGGAUGAUUAUAGAUGGCUAGAUGGAUAUCAGUUUACAUCAUCAACAAACCAAGGCAUUGGGAUCAAUUAUGAUUCCAUGAAUCAUUCUGCAGCAAAUGGAUACCACCAUCCUGUAAGUAAGAUUAAUAGCUCUUUGGGGAUGGUAAGCUUUCCCUUUCCUGGAAAACAAAUGCCAGCACACCAAGUCCAGGCAGAAAAGCAGGAAGGCUGGAAUGAGUAUCAGUUUUUGGAAAGUCUGAGUCUACAUCAAAAGCAGCCGCAGCUUCAGGAAGGAAAUCCAAAGUUGUUUGUUGCCCUGCCGGAGCAAUAUCGAGGACAGACUUUUUUGGAAAAUGGUUUCUUUGUGUGAGAUGAUUAUGGGAGGGAGAGAUGGUUAUGAACAAUUUACAACAUGGAUGUCCAGUGGCUGGUGCUACCCGUUCCUUCGCCAUUGCAGUGUGGCCAAUGUUAUAAAGUUUCUGUUGGAUAUAAGAGUUUUGCUGGCACCUGCUAAUGACUAGCUUGUGCCAAGCUUUCUAGACCUCAUGGGUGGAGAUAAUGAGAUCAAUUGGGAUUGGAAACUGCGGAUUGAUGAGGUUAUGAAUCUUGUCUGGUUGGAUGGGUGGGACGCAAAUGGAGUUGUCUGGAGGUAUUUGAAAUUGAACGGAUUGAAGUAUGAAGUACUACUAGUGAUCAAUACUUUGACCGGUAAAAGGUAUCUGUUGGAUGGGAAUAAGAACUAGUUUUGUCAUUUGUGAUGUCACGUACGAUGGCACUACUUUCUGGCCAGUGUGACUUUGAAGUAGAAAUCUUUGCGGUUUCUGUUGAGUUGCCAUGCUUUUCAAAGAGAGAGCCUCAAAAGAAGUUAUGGGAAGAGUCUGGUGAUCUUAUGUUGGAAUGUGAUGAUUUAGAAAACAAGUGGUUACGGAUGCAUUUUGCUUUGUGUGUCGAAUAAUGUUUGGCUGCAUGCAGCCAUUUUGUUUUUCUUGUUGCUUGGAUUCGGAGAUUUUGUCUAAUGUUGCAGGUUGUGUACUCGUAUGUUUGCUUGAAUAAUUCGUUUUUGUCCCUUCA